AUGCGGCGUUUCUUGCUGCUUUCGCUUCUGUUCACGAGUCAACAUUCUGGAUCGUGUCUCGAACGCGACAAGAGAUAUUUGGUGUUUCCAACGCCUGGAACGAACGCACCGACCAAAGUCCAGUUCAUCCUCGGCCUCGGUUUACCCAUGGAAGUCGACGUCAGCACGAUUAUCGGAUAUGUGAUGAAAUUUAAUUACGCCCUGCCCUAUAACGCCUCCUACUUGACGGAUUCAUACGUUCGCUAUGACAGAUCGAUCAGCCCCGGUGUCGAGGUCGACGGGGAUGACGAGCCGAACCCCGAUUACCAAGGUGUGGCGCGCGGCCUCACCAGAUGGGAAAUUUACGAGAUCCUCGAGUCGGCCCUCGGUGACUCGCGGUCGGGAAAAGCGUGCCUUUUGAGGGCGAUCUGCGAGGCUUCCGCGUCGCCUUUCGACGGAGUUCACGGCCUCGCCUCCCAGCUCGUCCAUCUUCUCCUCACACCGUCGACCACCUCCGAGGCCUUGAGGACCGACUUUGAUCGAGUGUAUCACGCCGCUGAAAUUAUGGGCCGACGAGGGAUCGACUCCUGCGAUACUAUAUUUCCCGAAUGCGAGGAGAGCCCCCUGGAUUACUUCACCGAGGUCCACCAACGAUUCGGCUAA